UGAUCAGUGCAAGUCUGUCAACGCAAAACGCGAGUUCAUCAUCAAUCAACUCACCGAGCUUUUUUCGUGCCAAGUCAAUCCUUUACUCAAAGCAAAUAUGAAAUUCUUGCUAAUGACCGUUUUCGUCUGCCUGGCAGUUUGCUUCAUGGUCAGCCACGCCGUGCCUGUGGAGGAGUCUAUCCCCGAGGGCAUCGAAGGCUAUGGCAACGAGCCUGUCCACCCCGCUGACGAUCAGUCCUUCCUGCUCAAGAUCAAGCUGCUCAAGAAACUUUUCCUGCUGGGCUAGAUGCAUGCCUUAUAUAAUAAGUUCAUGAACA